GGGGCUGAGCUUCUGAAGUACUUCAACCAUGACAAAAGGAGAAGCAGCGGAGCUGAUAGAAAUUGAAAUUGAUGGAACAGAGAAAACAGAAUGCACAGAAGAAAGCAUUGUAGAACAGACCUACACCCCAGCUGAAUGUGUAAGCCAGGCCAUAGACGUCAAGGAGCCAAUAGGCAAUUUAAAGAAACUACUAGAACCAAGACCACAGUGUUCUUUGGAUGCUCAUGAAAUUUGUCUACAAGAUUUUCAGCUGGAUCCAGAACGAAGUUUAUUUGACCAAGGAGUAAAGACAGAUGGAACUGUACAACUUAGUGUGCAGGUAACUUCUUACCAAGGAAUGGAACCAAAGCUCAACAUCCUUGAAAUUGUUAAACCUGCGGAAACCGCUGAAGUAGUCAUUGAUCCAGAUGCUCAUCAUGCUGAAGCAGAAGCACAUCUUGGUGAAGAAGCUCAAGUGAUAACUCUUGAUGGCACAAAACACAUGACAACCAUUUCAGGUGAAACCUCGGAAGAAGUGACAAGAUGGGCUGCCGCACUAGAAGGUUAUAGGAAAGAGCAAGAACGCCUUGGGAUACCGUAUGACCCUAUACAGUGGUCUACAGACCAAGUCUUGCGUUGGGUAGUUUGGGUCAGGAAGGAAUUCAGCAUGACUGAUAUAGACCUCAGCACACUCAACAUUUCAGGACGAGAAUUAUGUAGUCUCAACCAAGAAGAUUUUUUUCAGAGGGUCCCUCGGGGAGACAUUCUCUGGGGUCAUCUGGAGCUUCUUCGAAAAUAUGUAUUGGCAAGCCAGGAACAACAGAUGAACGAGAUAGUUACAAUUGAUCAACCUGUCCAAAUUCUUCCAGCAUCAGUUCAGUCUGCAACACCAACUACCAUUAAAGGUAUAAACAGCAGUGCAAAGGCAGCUAAAGUACAAAGAGCUCCAAGGAUUCCACCUGGGAACAGAACAGGAAACAAUGGCCAGAUUCAACUGUGGCAGUUUUUGCUAGAACUUCUUACUGACAAGGAUGCUCGAGACUGCAUUUCUUGGGUUGGUGAUGAAGGCGAGUUUAAACUAAAUCAGCCUGAACUGGUUGCACAAAAAUGGGGACAACGUAAAAAUAAACCUACAAUGAACUAUGAGAAACUCAGUCGUGCAUUAAGGUAUUAUUAUGAUGGAGACGUGAUUUGUAAAGUUCAGGGCAAGAGAUUUGUGUACAAGUUUGUCUGUGACUUGAAGACUGAUAUUGGAUACAGUGCAGCAGAGUUGAACCGUUUGGUCACAGAGUGUGAACAGAAGAAACUUGCAAAGAUGCAGCUCCAUGGAAUCGCCCAGCCUGUCACAGCAGUCGCCCUGGCUCCAGCUUCUCUGCAAGCAGAAAAGGAUAACUGAGCCCAGGACCUGCUG